CCAGGGAACCCGGGCGGCGCCAGUUACUCUAGGGCGUGCAAAGGUUGAUGUCGGAGGGCUUGCCUUAGGCCAUGAAGCUGGUUCUCGUGGCGGUCGCGGCUCUGCUUGCCGGCGGCGCGGCAGUGGACCCCCUGAACAUCGUCGGCCAGCUGACGGUGUCGGAGCUGACCCAAGUCAUCAACGACAUCAUGGAGGAAGUGGUGACCAGAGUGGUGACAAAAACGAUCCCUUCCGUGCAGAAGCAAACGGUGCAAAACGAUGGAAUUGCACUGCAUCCCAACUGCUCUGACAACAACGUCUACAACGGCUGCGAUCUCGUUGUGCAGUACAAGUUGUGCAACAAAGCGACUUACUACGCACGCUACUGCUGCCGCUCCUGCACCCUCGCCAACCAGAUCCCUCUGUACGGGCAGCACCUGCUCAACAAUGCUGAAGCUCCUGUAGAGGCCAAAGUGACAACACCAAGCACGAGUGUCCAGCUGGGAUCUGAGGUGACGAUUUCUUGCCACACCAGCGGUUAUCCUGAGCCGGACGUGGCCUGGUUCAAAGGGAACAACAUCAUUCGGCUGUCUAAUAAGUACUCCUUAGGUGUGAGCGCGGCGCUGAAUCCCCUGGUGCAGCGACCAAGGUCUGACCUCACCAUUAAGGAUUUCGCAAGGGAAGACGCUGACACCUACAUCUGCGUGGCCGUGAACCAGGCUGGAAGGAACAUCAGCAGCAUUGAUUUGAGAGCUGAAGCCCCUAUCCAAGCUCGCAUUACGUCAAGGGACCAACUGUAUCCAGCUGGGGUGGACGUGACCCUGCAGUGCCAGGCCAAGGGCUACCAGACACCUGGUAUCGUCUGGUACAAGAACUUCGAGACAAUUGUAGAGUCUGACAAAUAUUUGAGGAAGGAAAAUGGUUCGGUGGAUAGACUACUAACAACAGUAGUGGAUACACUAACAAUCAAAAACGCCGACGAAAGCGACAGCGGGAGUUACAUCUGCAACGCAACAAACGAAGCCGGAUCCGAUACCAGUCAGAUAAGGGUUAAGGUGACAGAUGUUAUAAUUCACCCCAACUGCACUGAUGUGAUCGACCAUGAUGACUGUGUUAGGUACCUGAGUACAGAGUGUAGCGUCACCGAUUACAUUGCAAGGUUUUGCUGUCGGACCUGUACUCUCGUGGAACACUUGCCCGCCCAUGGACCACACCUUCUAAAUAUAGCUAAAGCGCCCUUGUCCGCUGACCUCCGACUGAGUGGCAGCGAUUCCGUUUGGAAAUUUCCUUGGGGUUCCAAUAUUGAUAUAUCCUGCACCUCCGGCAGUCUUCUCAAGCCUACAGUUCUGUGGUUUAAAGAUGGCCAUGUGAUUGAAGAAUCGGAAAAAUAUCGGAUACAAGUGAGCGAAGAGAAGGUGUGGGUGAGACAUUUCGUGAAGUCUCAGCUGACGGUGAAGACGUUGAAGGUCGGGGACAACGGCCGAUACACGUGCAGGGCCGUCAUCCUGGGCACCACCGAGGAGAGACACGCGACGCUUGUGUUCGAGCAGGACGGAUUCUUCUCGUUCAGGGAGCGUAUUCAGUAGUGGGGCUCCCGAAUAAGAUAUUCUGGAUAAACCAAACAUAUCCCAUAUUUACCUUGAAUAUUAAUAAUCGUAAGAUAAUCCGUAAAAGUCAGUGACAUCCAACUAAAGAAAAAUUAUCCACGAUGCUUUGUUCCAUAGAACAGCGCUCCUCCCCGAAAGCUUAGAUUGUUCUGCAGCUUGCUUAGCAUAUGCUGUUCACCUGAUUUCCUUCACAGGUGAUGCUAUUUUUAUACAGAAUGCUAACGUCUGAUGCUUCCGUAGAUUAUCCAUGGUAUGCAGUCCCAUUUACCAAUUACGUCCAUUUGAAACGUAGUUUGCAUAUUUUGAAAUUGUAUUCUAGGAAAAAAAUAGUAAUCAUUUUUCUUAUCGUUUUUACUGGAAAGGCUUUUUAUACGGUAAAUGCCAGGUAUGAAAGAUUUGAUAUAUAUUCUUGAUAAUAACCUAAUUUCCUACUACGUGGGCGGUAGAGAUUUACUUCUUCAUUUCUUGCUUAUGCUAUACAAAUAUAGACAAAUGACUGUAAUAUAUUCAAGCCUUAACCCACGUUCGGCAUCUGCAGUUUUUAUGCAGUAUUCUCUUUGUGACUUUUGAACAUUCAUUUUAAUCACAAGUCAGGUAGUCUGUCUCAAGUUUAAAUGUUGCCUGCAGAAUGUGUCCAGUGGUGUGUUUUCUCGUAAAUGGAUCUUGUUGACGCGUAACCUGUAACGCAUAUUUUGUAAUCUACUGUUGGAAAUAUCGGAAAUGUUCAAAUGUGCAAGUAUUUGGCUUGUGGUUGAAAGGAGGAAUUCUGCAUGACUUCUUACACU